AAUUUCUUCAAUGAAAAAUAAGAGUAUAUAUAAAAAACAUUACAAAGUUUGUAUUUGAUACAGUUAAGGUUAAGUUUGAAAGAGAUGAGCAAUAACUGGAGAUCAAAUAGUCGUGGAGGUAGAAGAUGGGGUCGUGGUUUUAGAGGAACCGGUGAAUUUAGAGGCAUGAGACGUCCAUUUGGAAAUGGUCCUGCAGGGCAUAGGCACCAGACAUCUUACCAGAAUUCAUUAUACAAAAAUGAAUUACAAGGAAGUAAUAACAAGCCGUCUCAGCCAGUUCAGAAGCUCACAGAGAAAGAUAUUUUUGUGACAGAAUAUAUAAGUGAUCAUAAAGGAUUCAAUGGUAUAAUCAAGUCAAGAUUUUCUGAUUUUCAAGUAUCAGAGAUAAAUGAGAAAGGCGAAAUAGCACAAUUAACAGAUCUUUCUGCACCUGAACCUCCAGCAGAUGGCAAUGCUAUCCUUGACGAUGAUGAUUUACUUCUAAAUAAAUACAAUUUAGAAAUUCUGCCACUGGAAACAUGGGAUAAGAUAAACAAACUGACUUUAUGCACAGGGCCCGAUUUUGGUAGUGUUGAAUUAGAUGUGACAGGAAUGUCAAAAGAAGAAAGAACUAGAAUACAUGAAGCUGUGAAGAAAGCGUUUGGUGAUAGUAUUGUGGGGAGUACAGUGACUAUUGAUGAAAAGAAAUAUUGUAAAUUUGAAAAAUACAGGAAAGGCGUUCGCGUAGACAACAGAGUGAAGUGGAUGUGGCCGGGCCAGUAUGUACAUUUCAUAGUGUACAAGGAAAACUGUGACACAAUGGAAGCGGCCUCGCGUAUCAUGAGGAGGCUACGAAUGAACAUGCAUGGUGACUGAAGUUGAAAGAGUUUGUUAUUUUUUAAAGUGAUAACCCUGACUUCUGGGAUUAAUUACACAAAUUAAAUUUGAAAACAUUGAACUAAAUGAAGCCAAUACCCGAGAGUUGAACAAAUCAUACAAGAUUUAUCAACGAUACGUCACUCGAACGGUUGAUUCAGUGGUAAGAGCGCUCGCACAUGGAUUUCUGA